GCAGCCCUGGCCGACUGCGUGAAAAAACGUUUGUGCUAUUGCAAACGUUUGUAAUCAUUUUUAAUAAAAAAAACUUGUACAAUUCCACCGAAAUCUGAGCUGAAGGUCAUAUAAAUGUACAGAAAGUGCACGCCAAUCAUUUUGGCAUAAAGCGUGCAAGAAGAUUGCAUAUAGGCUGCGAGAAAUUUGCUGGUGAAUCAGCAUCUAUAAUCGGAGGCAAAGGCGCAGCGUCUUCUAAUUAAUAUCUACACGCAAAUCAAAACGCAAUAUGGUUAAUACAUCUGGUAGUGAAGAUGGUCAGCUGCGCAGCCCCAACGAUGGACACUAUAUCAGCGGCGAAGAUGAUCACGAUGCAGAUGCUCUUUAUAUACAACCCCCACAGGCUGUAAGCAGUCAAGGACGAGAUGCUGCCAGCUCGCGGCGUGAAAAGAAGAAACAUUCACGCGAUCGUCGCCACAAGGAACGAAACAGCUUGGAGGAGCGCGAGCGCGAACGUGAGCGAGAACGUGAAAGGGAGCGUUACGAGUAUCGAGGAGCUCGAGAGGAUUUAGAGCAGCGUUAUCAUCAGCACCAUCAACAGCAUCGCAGCGAGCGGGCUAAGCAUCAUUUGAGCCAUGCCUAUCAAUAUCAGCAACAGCUGCCCUUGCCGCCGCCUCCCCAGAGCUAUGUCCAUCAUCAUCAUCAUCAUCACCAGCAGCAGCAGCUAAUGAGCUUAUCCCGUGCUGGGGCACGUGCUGAAUAUUACCACAGCAGCAGACACGUUGAUUAUGUGGAUGUGGAACAGCAAUUGCUGCCGCCGCCGCCACAACGUCGUGCUAGCAAACAUGGUUACGAGCAGCCGAAAGAUGCGGAGAGCUUGGAGCAGGAUCUGCGCUCGCGGCUGCUCAGCAAGCGCCACAAAUAUGUGAAAGACUAUGAGCUAGAGGAGAACUAUGAACAGCAACAACAUUCACAUGGUCGCCGCAAGGAUCGAGAAUCCCGGCACAGCAGCCACAGUCACAAGCUGCGUCACGGUCAAGUCAUUGAGCUGCUGGACAGUCCCGAAUCAGGAGCAGUGCCGCAGCCACAUCAUCGGAGCAAACAACAAAGACGUGCUGAAGUCCAGGAUGUCGCCGAUUCGGUGCAACAACAUCGCACAGUUUCCACUGAUCCAGAGCUGCUGGCACGACGUGAGAAAAUUUUGGCUGCCGAACGUGAAAAUCGCAAGCGUAAGCAAAUCGCACGCGAGGAGCUGGAAGCGCGUCGGGAGCAACUGCUACGUGAACGCAACGAGCACAGCGAUGCACUUAGUCCCAGUGCUGUGGCGGCCAGUGUUACUGCCGGGCUUAAUCCUGUCAAGCGCAAGCAAAAAAUGAAAUUGGAAGAAGCUCAUUACGAGCAUAGAAAGCGCAGCAAACAUCAGGCAGGCGAGGAGAACAAACGUCAAACGAAGCCAACCGAAGAAGGCAGCGAAGAGAGCGACGAAAGUGACUCCGAUGAGGAUGAUGAAGGCGAAGAUAGUGGCAGCGAUGAAAGUGGCAGCGAUUCAGAAGAAAGUGCCGAGAGCAGCUACGAACAGCAGCCGCACAAGAAAAACAAGAGAAAAAAAACCCAACCGGAUGAUGAUGACGAUGUACCACUGCCUGAUAGUCCACUGAGUGUGGGCGCUCUUUACAAAUCGCCGAAGCAAAGACCUCGUUCACGCUCCGCCAGCUCCAAGAGCUCGGCGCAUAGUCAUAGCAGUGCAGCCAGCAGCAAAAGUCGUCACAGCAGUCACAGUCACAGUAGUCGCAGUCGCUCCCGUUCCCGAUCGCCGGCCAGUAGCGCGGAGGGGCGGCAACGUUCACGCAGCAGUAGCACGCGCAGCGAGGAGCGUGGUAUGGCACAGCAGCAGCAGCAGCAACAACCGCAUCAGCUGGACAACAAUGAGUCCAGCACUACAGAGAAGUUGACAAAGGCGGCACCUGUUGAGGAUUUGCCGCCAUGUGAUGACAAAGGUGUGCCACUGCCUAAUUAUUAUCCGGGCGUACAGGGCUGCCGUUCGGUAGAAGAGUUUCAAUGCCUCAAUCGCAUCGAGGAGGGCACCUACGGCGUCGUCUAUCGCGCCAAAGACAAACGUACCAACGAAAUAGUCGCCUUGAAGCGUCUGAAAAUGGAAAAGGAAAAGGAAGGCUUUCCCAUAACAUCGCUGCGAGAGAUCAAUACGCUUCUAAAGGGCCAGCAUCCGAAUAUUGUGACGGUGCGUGAGAUUGUCGUUGGCUCCAACAUGGACAAGAUAUUUAUUGUUAUGGACUAUGUGGAGCACGAUCUAAAGUCUCUGAUGGAAACAAUGAAGCAGCGGAAGCAGAGCUUCUUUCCGGGCGAGGUUAAAUGCUUGGCCCAACAGCUGCUGCUUGCGGUCGCUCAUUUACACGACAAUUGGAUACUGCAUCGGGACCUGAAGACCUCCAAUCUAUUGCUCUCCCACAAGGGCAUACUGAAGGUGGGUGAUUUUGGUUUGGCACGCGAAUAUGGUUCGCCCCUAAAGAAAUAUACCUCCUUGGUGGUGACGCUUUGGUAUCGAGCGCCAGAGCUGUUGCUCUGUUCGCCGGAAUACUCGACUCCCAUAGAUGUGUGGUCUGUGGGCUGCAUUUUUGCCGAAUUUUUACAAAUGGCGCCGCUCUUUCCGGGCAAAUCUGAAAUCGAUGAGCUUAAUCGCAUCUUUAAGGAACUCGGCACACCCAAUGAAAAAGUCUGGCCCGGGUACUCGGAGCUGCCAGCCGUUAAGAAUAUGCUGAGCCAGAAUUCACAGUUCACGGAUUAUCCGGUGUCACAGCUGCGUAAACAUUUCCAGGACAAAACGUCAGAUGCGGGACUUGGAUUGCUACAGGGCCUGCUCACAUAUGAUCCAAAAAAAAGACUGACUGCAGAUGCGGCGCUUAAGCACGGCUACUUUAAGGAGCUACCCCUACCCAUCGAUCCAUCCAUGUUUCCCACUUGGCCAGCCAAGAGCGAGCUGGGCGCACGCAAGGCACAGGCAUCAUCUCCUAAACCACCAUCCGGUGGAUCACAAUUCAAGCAGCUGGGCCGUGAUGAGCCCAUGCCAACGGCCACAGCUGGCGGCGGAACAGGUGCUAAGCUCGCUUCCGGAAUUAUAACUGGUAAUAAGAAGAGCGGUGCAACGGCGGCAAGCACAGGAUUUGUGCUGAAUGCGGGUCUAACGCAACGGCAGCUGGCAAUGGGUCCUGGCUUCAGUCUGAAGUUCUGAGACAGAUUUGUG